AUGAUCUGCUCGAGCUGCCGACGGGCGUGCCUCUCCAGGAUUCGCUCCCUCACUCCUAGCACCAGUCUCUCCAUCUCUUCUGCUUCCGGAUUGCGCUACGCAUCGACGGUCCCUGCGACUCCCAAGGCCGCUCCAGACCCGGCCCCUGAAGCCAUCUCAAUAGAGGCGCCCAAUACCACUCAAUCGUCAAACACACCAGGAAUCUCCCAGCCUCUGUCCGAACAACACACCCCUUCGACCUCGACUGCGAAAACCUCCGGGCCAACCUCGACCAAAGACUCAAAAGGCCCUAUAAAGCCAAAGAGCUCGAUACCGGGAGGCAAGGAGCUCCGUGGUCUAGGCUACACAAAAGCAAAGCCGAAGAUUCUAGCGAUGGAAGAUGAUGAGUAUCCCGAGUGGCUCUGGAAGCUGUUGGAUGAGAAAAGACUGGGGACCGACGCUGAGAAGGUUGAUUUAUCAGCAAUGACCAAAAAACAACGCAUCCGGUACGAAAAGAAGCAGGAACGUCUCCUGAAAGACCUACCCAGAGAGAUCCCCCUCCACGAACAAAGCAAAGACCUGACGGGUCCCGGGGACGACGCGGUAACGAGUUUACAGCGCAGACAAGAAAUAACCAAGAGCGCAAGGUCCGCAAGGCGGAGGAGCAUUCGGGAGAGCAACUUCCUGAAAUCGAUGUAG